AUGGCGGUCUCAUACCCCCAAAUCGUGCUCUUUGGCGAUUCCCUGUUCCAGGGUGCCGCAAGUCUUGAGGAUGGUUUCUGUUUCCAAGCUGCCGUUCAACAGCAGGUUCUUCGCCGAUUUGACAUUGUUAACCGUGGUCUCUCCGGUUACAACACCUCCAAUGCCCUGAAGCUCUUGCCCCAGAUCUUCUCUCCGCCGGGUCCAGGCGUGCCCAAGCUUGCCUACCUUUUCGUCCUUUUGGGUGCAAACGACGCUGCCCUUCCCCAGCCUGUCAACAACCAGCACGUCCCUCUAGACAAGUACAAGCAGAACCUCGUCUCUAUCAUCACCCACUCCAACAUCACCGCCCACAACCCCAAGAUCUUUCUUAUCACACCACCACCCCUGGACGAGCUGAAGGCAUCCGAGGUCGAACCCGGCGUCCGCAAACACCGCGUCAGCGCCUCUUACUCCGAGGCCGUCCGCCAAGUGGCCGCUGAGCACUCGGUCGGCUUGAUCGAUCUCUAUAAGGCUGUCAUGGACUACGCCAUCUCCAAGACGCCCGGGUUUGACAGGUCCAAGGGUAAUCUGGGUGAUCCCGAGACGGGAGAAAGGGGCUAUCUGAAGAACUUGCUGCCGGAUGGGUUGCAUUUGAGCUCAGAAGCAUACAAGUUGUUGUACGAAGCCGUGAAGCCGCAUCUGGGUAAGGAGUGGGAGGGGACGAACGCUGCGGAGAGGGUUGGCUAUGUGUUGCCGGACUGGAAGGUGGCGCCUUGGUUGGAGGAGGAUGUGUUGAAGCCUUGA